CAGUCGUGGACGGUGAUUCUUUUCCUCACCGUGGCCGUGGCUUCAGUACUGCACUCCCAAUGCUGUGCUUGGAGCAGGAGCUGAUGGAGGAGGGAGUAUAUCAUCUCCAACAAAGAGGCUCUGAGAUGGCCGUUUGCGCCUGGAGGGAGAAACGCAUCAGGCUUUCGCUGGCAAGCAGCAGCCUGCAGUACGAGGCUGCUUAAGAGCUGGCCCUCCUUGGUGUGUGUGUGUGUGUGUGUGUGUGUGUGUGUGUGUGUACACAGUUGUGCGCUCACAAAUCCUCCUCCUGGUGGAGAGGCUCCUCACCUCUCAUCACAACAAGUGUGGAAAACAGCAAAUGGAGGUCUGCAGGGGAAAAGCUGAGAGAACUGGGCCAGUUGUUGCUGUCGUACCGCGUUUGUCAUUGGCCGCAGGCAGCGAGUUUAGGUGAACGGAUCUCAUCAGACUGCACACAAACCCUAAAAAUGUUCCAGAUGCUUCAUGCAGUCUUAAAUCUGCAGGCUGCUCUGAAAUGAGGUUGAUCAGGUCGGCAAACUAGGACCCAAUAAUGUUCCGUAAAAAGAAGAAGAAGAGGCCGGAAAUUUCUGCACCAAAGAACUUUGAACACAGAGUCCAUACCUCUUUCGACAACAAGCUCGGGAUCUUUGUGGGUCUACCAACACAAUGGCAAAGUCUUAUAGAGAACCUGCGAAGACCCAAACCCAUGGUGGACCCGUCCAGAAUAACACCAGUGGAAUUAAAACCAAAGAAGACGAUCGUGCGUGGGACCAUCGUCGGCCAUGGAGACUACAUCUCAGCCAUGCUGUCGGAUAUGAGCCGCCUGUCAGUGACCAGCUCCAACUCCCUGCGCAAGAGCAGCCCUUCGACCCGCAAGAGAGCUCAAUCUCUGGGUCGUCUUGGAGAGGUGAUGGAAGGUGAUGGCUACCAGUAUGAGGACCUGGAGCGCACUGAUCUCGAACCAGAUUCCCAGAACCACUGGAGAGACCAGAUACGAAAUAUCCACAGUGAGAGUGGGACCCCAUUUAUGGGUAUGAAAAAGAGCAUCACCCUGGAACCCAAUGGCAUCCUGCCUAAAGCUAAAUCUACUUACGAGGUUAAUGUUAACUCACUGGAUGGACGUCCUCCACUGCCUCCGGUCUUACCCAUGCCUCCACCACCCCCAAUCCCUGUGCCACCCAGGCCAGUUUAUGUGGGUGGAGAUAUAGGUAGCCCUAAUGAAAGACUGAUGAUGAGAAGGGAGUUUCCUAUAGUGCUGUCUCAUAACCCAAGGCCUAUCACCUGCUUUUAUAGUCCAAGUAUUCCCAUGCACCAAGCACCAGGAGAGAGCGGAGGGUUUAACCCAGAUAUAAGGACUGCUGACAGACUGCUGGUUCAUCCGCAAAACAGUCCUGGGAGACCGUAUUCUUCUUAUGACCUGAAGUUACAGGCAGAUACUCUCCUGAGACCUCAGGGAGGCUUCUUCCACAGUGGAGCUAGCAGUCCCCUGGUGAACACCACAAGGCCUCACAGGACGGUGCGCUCAUCCUCCAGCUACACAAUCGGACUCUCUCCCAACAUCAGUUUCCGGCCCUCAGGCCCUGAUCCCUUCCUGAGGCACUCUGGAUGCCCCAAUCCAGGACUCUACCCCAGACAGGACAGUCCAUCCCAACCCCGGCCUUCACCCACUGGCUCUCUGGCCACCAGUCCAGCUGGAACUUGUUCUCCAGCCUUCAGACCACAGCAGCACCCUUCCCCCCGUCCUCCGCCUGACCCACCCAAAGUCACCCACGAGCAGUUCAAGGCAGCUCUGCAGAUGGUAGUCGACAAGGGUGACCCACGCUCCUACCUAGAGAACUUUGUCAAGAUUGGCGAAGGUUCCACUGGGGUGGUGUGCAUUGCAAGAGAAAAGCACAGUGGCCGUCUGGUGGCAGUGAAGAUGAUGGACCUGAGGAGGCAGCAAAGACGGGAGCUGCUGUUCAACGAGGUAGUGAUCAUGCGGGACUACCAGCACAGGAAUGUGGUGGAGAUGUUUAAGAGUGCACUGGUGGAGGAAGAGCUCUGGGUUAUUAUGGAGUAUCUCCAGGGAGGAGCUCUCACUAACAUAGUGUCUGAAACCAGGUUGAGUGAGGAGCAGAUUGCUACUGUGUGUGAGGCUGUCCUGCAGGCACUGGCUUAUCUCCACUCGCAAGGCGUCAUUCACCGCGACAUUAAAAGUGACUCCAUCCUGCUGUCCUUGGAUGGGAGGAUUAAACUGUCAGACUUUGGCUUUUGUGCUCAGAUCAGCAAAGAUAUUCCUAAAAGGAAAUCACUGGUAGGGACACCAUAUUGGAUGGCCCCAGAAGUUAUCUCAAAGUCACCAUAUGGCACUGAGGUGGAUGUGUGGUCUAUGGGCAUAAUGGUGGUGGAGAUGGUGGACGGAGAGCCUCCCUACUUCAGCGAAACCCCAGUGGUGGCCAUGAAGAGGCUGAGAGAUGAGCCCCCACCUACCAUAAGAAACAUUCAGCAGGUGUCUCCUAUGUUAAAAGACUUCUUGGACCGUAUGCUGACCCGAGACCCUGUGGAACGUGCUAGCGCCACAGACCUCCUUGAGCACCCGUUCCUCCUGCAGAGCAGCUCUUCACAGUGCCUCGUGCCCCUCGUCGAGCAGUACCGCAAGCGCAUGUCUCGCUGCUGAGUUCUUUAUUCUUCCUGUCUUUCUGCUCUAAACUACAAACCAUUGUAGGCUCUUAGCUAGAGGCUCACAGGGCUACAGGUCUGGACGUCCCAUAUAUGAACGUCCUGAGUGGAAAGAAGUUCCUGUCCUAUUGAACAAGUGAGCCGAUUGAACAGUGAUACACAAUAUAGCUUCAGUCGACUCACACAAAAGAGCACUUGUUAUCCUCAUGCAAGCAGGAUGACCAUGGCUAAUAUAGAUGGAGUGUUAACCAACAGCACCGUAGGUCAAUGACAACUUUUCUUUGUCCUGAGGACCUUACACAUGGGACAAACGGUGCUUAAUUGGCAGCCGAAACACUAAGACUGUGUUUAUGCUUUUAACAUGUUACUCAAGAGAGUUACUCACGUUUAAGCAGAGAAUGUUUCAUGUUAUCAUGAUGCUUGAUGGCCAAAUUAGGUCAGUAAUUUUGCCAGUAUUCUUAGCACAGGAGACUACUGCACCUUGUCCAGGAUUUGCAUGCCAGUGGCAUUUGUAGGCCAAUAAGCUAGAAAUGACUUUAAACAGAGCUUAGAACAUUGUUGUUGACUGUUGUUCAGCUUCUGUGUGGGCGACUGUUUUAACGAGCCAUUGGAACCAACUGUAUAUCCUACUGAUUUCUCUAUUUAUUACGUUUGUUUCUUUAAAACUGUUAAAAUGGAUUAAACCAUCUGCUUUUCAGAAGGGGGUUCUGAAUCAUUUGGAAACACUGUAAAUAUCGCUCCUGACCUCCACAGGUUGUUUUUUUAAAAGACUAAGUGAAAUAGAAAUAAGGUGUACAUACAAUCACGUCAAUACUGUAUUUGCAUUCUGAUCAUUAUUACUGAGUGAAAGACGGUACGUAUGAAAUAAGUCAUCUGGUUUUGGUGUGUUUGUUUACAGUGUGUGUGUGUGUGUGUGUGUGUGUGUGUGUGUGUGUGUGUGUGUGAGUGAGAGAGUGUAUGUUUACACUUAGGAUGUGAUGUUCAUGUUGGCAUUUUCGCAUCCAACCUGUUCUACUGUGACUCAUUUUCUUAACAGUUCAUGGAUUUUUCAGUGGGAGUGGGUGAAUGUACAGGUAUGUGUGCUACUAAGGAUUUUGGAAGACUGUGGUUAUGUUUGUAGAUGCAAAGCACACUGGAUGGUAAAUGCUGAAUGGUUUCUCACCAGCUGUGUACAUUCUGUACAUAAUCUCUAAAUUUCAUUGUGAUUUUAUUUACAUGUCAGUUGUUCAUUAUGAGAGAAAUGAAACCUAAUUUAAUUUUUUUUUUUCUAAACAAAUAAA